UCUGAACAUAUAUACAACCCCAAACCUCCAUAACAUCCACGUUAAAGCCCUGAUGUCCCACUCAUAUCCUCAUCUUGUCUGAACAUAUAUACAACCCCAAACCUCCAUAACAUCCACGUUAAAGCCCUGAUGUCCCACUCAUAUCCUCGUCUUGUCUGAACGUAUAUACAACCCCAAACCUCCAUAACAUCCACGUUAAAGCCCUGAUGUCCCACUCAUAUCCUCGUCUUGUCUGAACAUAUACAACCCCAAACCUCCAUAACAUCCACGUUAAAGCCCUGAUGUCCCACUCAUAUCCUCGUCUUGUCUGAACAUAUAUACAACCCCAAACCUCCAUAACAUCCACGUUAAAGCCCUGAUGUCCCACUCAUAUCCUCGUCUUGUCUGAACAUAUAUACAACCCCAAACCUCCAUAACAUCCACGUUAAAGCCCUGAUGUCCCACUCAUAUCCUCAUCUUGUCUGAACAGACAACCCCAAACCUCCAUAACAUCCACGUUAAAGCCCUGAUAGUCACACAUUUGACAUGUGUAGGCAUUUCCUGGUCAUAGAGGGGCCCAAUGCACAAGUAUUAAGUAUGAUUCACUGCUUGUUGUUACACCCUGAACCCAGGGUUUGUCACCCCUUCUGCCCCAUUACUAGUUAGUCUUGAAAACCCGACCGAGGGCAACACAGUGACUAGGGCCUGGUUUUAAUGAGGGUCUGUUGAAAACCCGACCGAGGACAACACGGUGACUAGGACCUGGUUUUAAUGAGGGUCUGUUGAAAACCCGACCGAGGGCAACACAGUAACUAGGACCUGGUUUUAAUGAGGGUCUGUUGAAAACCCGACCGAGGGCAACACAGUGACUAGGGCCUGGUUUUAAUGAGGGUCUGUUGAAAACCCGACCGAGGGCAACACGGUGACUAGGACCUGGUUUUAAUGAGGGAGUCUGUUGAAAACCCGACCGAGGACAACACAGUGACUAGGACCUGGUUUUAAUGAGGGUCUGUUGAAAACCCGACCGAGGGCAACACAGUGACUAGGACCUGGUUUUAAUGAGGGAGUCUGUUGACCUAGAGGAACUACAUCACUAUCUACGUCGUGGGGACUCGCCUAACAAAUCACGAGGCAGACAUGCCCAGAACGCUGUGAUUCAAAACCAAACGUUGCAGUGGUUUUAGUUGAGGUAGUUGAUGUAAACUAGCUACUGGGGCGGCAGGCAGCCUAGUGGUUAGAGCAUUGGGCCAGUAACCUGACAAGGUAAAAACAGUGGGUUAACAAGGCAGUUAACCUACCGUUCCCCGGGUGCCAAAGAUGUGGAUGUUGAUUAAGGCAGCCUCCCCCCCGCACCUCUCUGAUUCAGAGGGGUUAAAUGAGGAAGACGCAUUUCAGUUGAAGGCAUUCAGUUGUACAACCUGAGUAUGUAUCCACUUGCGAACUAUAACCUCCGGAAUCUCCAUCUUGCUAGCUACUAUUUAGUAUUUUAUUCGAGAGGAUAAAGUCGUGACGUAGGAAGUGAUGUAAUUCCUCUAUACCAAAAGAGUCCAUCAUUAAAACCAGACGUCAGUCAGUGUGUUGCCCAGGGUCUGGUUUUCAAAACGAAUGACUAGUUUGAGAGGUAGGCUAUCUCCCCAAGCUGUGGAGCAGAGAUGCUGUUUUGUCAAACAGCCAGUAGAUGGCAGCAGAGUAUUUGAGUUUGAAUCAACUAUGACAGUUACAGUAUAUUUCCUGCAUGGUUUUCUUCAGAUGCUGUACACCAGCCACCGUUCCAUCCCUCCUUUCAAGUCUAACCCGGUGGUGGUGGUGGAGAGCGAGUACAGCAGGAACUUUAAAGCCUCUCCACCUCCCAGAGGACCACGGCUACGCAGCCAUGUAGACGGGGACCAGGUGCCUCUGUUCCAGAGAGAGAACGUUUCACCCGAGAAAGCAUCAAAGAGCAAGCGGAAGAAGAAGAGGGAAGAAAGAGAGUCCAGCAUCGUAGAGGAGAACAUUCCACUUCCACAGCCUCGGGAGCAGCUGGCGGACCAGGAAGUGAAGUCACAGAGCUCCCAGAAGGCACAUCUCCCCCACAGAAAGGUGAAAUCAGAGUAUAAUGCCAACUUCCGCUCUCCGCUGAACUACAUAUAUAAGGACGGCGCCUGGGUCAAGGCUUCCACACUAGGAGAGGAGAGAGGCCUCAUACCUGAGAUCUCGGCCUGA